AUGGGACGCAAUAAAAUAAUAAUAAUAAUAAUAAUAAUAAUAAUAAUAAUAAUAAUAAUAAUAAUAAUAAUAAUAAUAAUAAUAAUAAUAAUAAUAAUAAUAAUAAUAAUAAUAAUAAUAAUAAUAAUAAUAAUAAUAAUAAUAAUAAUAAUAAUAAUAAUAAUAAUAAUAAUAAUAAUAACCAACAUCAUCGCGAAGAAAAAUGCUGACCGCCACCGCCGCCCAGUAACAUGUCAGUCGGGAGAUUACGUAUUGCUCGUCACACAGAAUUGA